AACGAAUUGUAGCAAACAUGGCAAGUCGAUGCGGGGCAGGACGAAUUGAGCAUAUCGAAGGGGAGCAGAGUCACAAAGGACAGAGAAACUGGGCAGGAUACGUUCAUGUGAAUGGUGGAGAAUUCCAAUGUAUUGUGGCAAGUCUUGAUCAUAAGUUACUGACUAACAUCAUGAAACGUCAAAUAGAUGGCCAGGGCGGCGGCGAGCCGUCGAGCGUGCGAGGACUACAGCGCGGGGAGCGGGGCGGCGGCGGCGGCGGCGGCGGCGGAGUUGGCACAGCCCCUGGAGGGUGCCGAAAUGUCAGUGGCAAAUGUCAGAAAAGAUCAGCGCGCGUGGAGCGUAGCCCCGCGGGUGCCGCCGCCGCCCUCUUCGCUUCCACCGCCGCCCCCAUCUCCACCGCCGCUCUCGGCCUCUCGUCCGCCCCCGUCGACGCACAGUGA